AUUUGGCACUCUUUACCCUGCAUAUUAUUCUUACAAAGCCGUGAAAUCAAAGGACAUCAAAGAAUAUGUCAAAUGGAUGAUGUACUGGAUCAUAUUCGCGCUCUUCACGACAGCAGAGACGUUCACGGACAUCUUUCUAUGCUGGUUUCCAUUCUACUAUGAACUCAAAAUAGCUUUUGUAGCUUGGCUGCUGUCUCCAUACACAAAAGGCUCCAGCCUCCUGUACAGGAAAUUUGUUCAUCCAACACUGUCUUCAAAAGAAAAGGAGAUCGAUGACUGCCUUGUCCAGGCCAAAGACCGGAGCUACGAUGCCCUUGUCCACUUUGGGAAGCGGGGGCUGAACGUUGCAGCCACUGCAGCCGUGAUGGCAGCUUCGAAGGGACAGGGGGCCCUGUCUGAGAGACUAAGGAGCUUUAGCAUGCAGGAUCUCUCGACGAUCCGCGGAGACAGCAGCAGCACUGUUCCUCCUUCGGUCACUGUACGAACAAGUAGCAAACAGAGCCACCCAAAACCAUCCCGAAGUGCAUCGGAAGGCACUGGCAGCUCAGUGUGCACGUGUUGCUCGGUGUGCCGGCUCCUCAGAGGGAAAAGAAGCUGAUCGCCAUCGUAUAAUAAAUACCUGCUCUUACUAAGUGGUGUGCAAACCUCUUUAAUAUUAAUUAUCCCAAGGAAAGGCUUAACUUUGGAGUGACUUUAUCUUCCAUUACAAUAAUACAAUACCUGAUCC